AUGUUCCCUUUCAUCAGCAAGAUCCUCGACAACCUCAACGACACUUGGUGCGAUAGUGUCCUGGACAGCGGUGUCGUCCCCCAUGCCGUCCUGCGCGUGCUCAUCCGCCGGGAGCUGCGUCGCCGUCUCGACGAGAUCACUCCUCCCUUCCCGGAGAAAGUUCUCGCUACAGUGUCUGCCAAGGGCAAUCCCAGCCUAAAGGCCAAACUCGAAGAUUUGGCUUCACCCAAGAUUGCCCUUCUCCCGGGCGUCCUCGCCCCUAUCUCGAAGUGGUCGGAGACACUGGCUUACAAGAUGAACUUUUUCGAGACUGUUCGUCACCAGCCCAUCGCCAUCGAGACGGACGCUGCCAACAGGCAGAACUACGAGAUCGCGACGGGUAUCAUGGCCAACAUGCUUGGCCCGAGGAUCAAGUACAGCUGCUCGUACUAUCCCACCGGCACAGAGACACUGAAAGAGGCCGAGGAGAAGAUGCUUGACCUCUACAUCGAAAGGCUGGGACUCAAAGCCGGCAUGAGGUUCCUUGAUCUUGGAUGCGGUUGGGGAGCUGCCGUUCUGUAUUUCGCCGAGAAGAUACCCGACAUGGAGGUCGUGGGCUUUUCGAACUCCCGUACCCAGAAGGAGUACAUUGAUGCCAAGGCAAAGGAGUUGGGCCUGAUGAACGUACGGAUCAUCACUGGAAACUGUACCGACUAUGAAUUCGAGCCCAACUAUUUCGACCGGGCGUUGUCCGUCGAGCUGUUCGAGCACAUGAAGAAUUACGAAGGUCUGAUGGCCAAAAUGUCGAGAGCCCUUCGUCCUGAGGGCCAGCUCCUCGUUCACCACUUCUGCCACCGAACCACGCCCUACCAUUACGAGGAUGGUUGGAUGGCUCGAACCUUCUUCACCGGAGGCACGAUGCCCUCCUCGGAUCUUCUUUUGUACUUUCAGAAGGAUCUGGUCAUCAAGAAGCACUGGUGGAUCAAUGGAUACCACUACUCGAAGUCUCUCGAGCAUUGGCUCGAAAACACCAUGGCCAGAAGGGAGAAGAUGAUGCCGCACCUGGCGGAGACAUACGGCGAGGACAAGGCCUUCGUUUGGCAUAACCGUUGGCAGAUCUUCCACCUGGCCAGCUCGGAAAUGUUCAAGACCGACGGAGGCGACACGUGGGGGGUCACCCACGCUUUGUUCGAGAAGCCACCUGUGCAUACGAUGUCGUAUUUGGUAGCCCUUUGA